CUCCCAAAACCAGGUCUGCCAGUGCCCUCUGCCCCAGGGAGCAACAGAUCCAUCUGGAGAGGAGCACAGAGACGACACCAUUCCAGUGCUUCAGCACGAGAGGAGAGAGCCCUGAAGUUUUUGUUCCCUCUUCCUUUAUUUUCGCAGCCUACAGCUGACAUUUGGAAAGCGAGGCUGCAGCAAAGUCGCUGUCUGUACUCCUUCCACGAGCUGCGAGGAGCUGAGUGCCGGGUUUGGGCUACUGCUGGCCCAGGUGGGCUACCAGGGGGCAGAGCACAGUCCUUGGUACCAAGUCCUCCAAGCAGCAUCACCUUGCUCUGCCGCAGCUGAAAGUCAUCUUCCAGAGCAGCUCAGCUGAGAAGCUCUCAACCUUCAGCCAUUCUGUGCCGAGGUGUUUUGGAGGCAGCCUGGUCUCCUGCCGGCUCAGCACCGCUCUGGGUUCUAUCCUGGUGCCUGGGUCUUCCCUCUUGCGUCACACCUGGCCUGAGCCCGGCUGCACCUCGCGCACCGAGGGGCGGCGAGCGAAGCUCAGCCCAGGUGGGAGGGACUGGGUUCCUGUUAAAUCCAAGGCUCCCAGAGGACCGAAUCCUUGCACAGACUCACCCCUGUGCUGAUUUAUGAGCUCAAGGUGCUCUUGGAGGCGUUGCAGCAAGAGCGGCGCACAGGAGAGUGGGCGAGCGGCCGCAGUUCAGAUUCUUCUUCCCCUUGAGACACUGGAUUGAAGAAAGGGUUUGAGGUCCUUGGUGGAGAACGGAAGGCGAGGAGGAGGAAGUUUCUUUUGGACUCUAAGGCAUCGAAUCAGAAAACCAAACCAUGUCGCAGGUCAUACAAAACCACGUGUUGCGUGUUGGACAGACCGUGUGUGUUUCCUCGCAGGAGGAAAGCAAGAGCUUGCACCCUUCGAGGUACCCGGGCUGCUCCAGGCUGCCGAUGAAAUAUGCCUACUACUCGCCGGAGGACUGGGCCAACCCAUCCCCGAUGGUGCAUGCCAACACACGCCUGCUUCCCAGCGGAGGGCUGUAUGGAGCCCACCAGCACGUGGCUGCUCACACGCAAGGGAAGGGGCAGCAGGAUGCUUCUUUGGAGAGACCCACCACCCCCUACCAGCCAAAGGAGGAGGAGGAGGACACCAGCACGGAUCCUGAGGCUCACCUGGUGUCUCCCACCUUGGACAUAUCAAUAGAGAGCCUCAACCAGUUGAUCCUAGAAAUCGAUCCGACCUUUCAGCCGCUCACGUGCAAGCCAGUGAAGGAUGUGGUCCAAUCUGCUUCUCCAAGUGACGCUGCCGCCACCAAGAAACAAGAUCCAGAGGCAAUAGACAUUAAAUACAUAGAGAUGACACCAGGCAGAGCCACGUGUCCCAAGCUGCCCCAGGGCUCUCCCAGCCCUUCAGCCACACCAUUCUCGAGGUCACCGCAGGGCAACGGCUUCCUGCCCCAAAACGGGGGGCUCAGAGGCAACUACAGCACCAGUGGCAGCCUGGUUUUCUCCAGCCCACCUGGAUCUGCGAGCCCCCACUCGGGCACCUCGAGCUGCACCACCUCCCCAAUCCGCAGCAAAGCAUCCGAGUGCAUCAGUGUCCCCCCGCAGGGCACGGCUGGCCAGACGGACACCAUCUCCUAUGGCCCCGUGGCUCUCGGCACCUCACCGGGCUUCGACAGUUUGCUGAAGCCCAUGAACAUGGUGAGGGCCCAGCAGAGGAGCAGCUGGAUCUCCCUGCUCUCUACAAGCCCUGGCUCGGACACCAGUUACAUCUUUGGGAGCAGCACCCACUCGCUCCACAACGAUGACUCGGAUGCUCACGCUGCUGCCUGCCGCUCCACGGACUGCUCCUCUCCUGCCAGCUCCCUAGGCAGCCCCUACCCACCUUCCCCAAGCAUCGCGUCUCAUUCUGGAGAAGCUUUUGGCCUGAAUCCCCACCAGCCCAGAGCAGCCUGCCCCACCAAAGCCAACACCUCCCCAUCCCAGAAGGGACAGGCCAGCAGUUGCCCACCCUCCAUCCUCAACUCCGCAGCUGACAUCCCGGUGCUGCUGGUGAACGGGUGCCUGGAACAAGGAGAUGCAUCUUCCAGGCUGACCAAAGCUCCACCGACCUCUGUCAAGCAGAGCCUCCCACCCAGCUGCAGCCCAGCCUUGAGGCUCGGCGGCCUGAACAACGCGCUGUCGGCACCAGCGCUCUCCUGCGUCUCAGACAGUCCCCUCAGGGCUGGGCAGCCGACCAUGAAGUUUGUGAUGGACACGUCGAAGUACUGGUUCAAGCCGAGCAUAACCAGGGACCAAGCAAUCCAGCUGCUGAAGGACAGGGAGCCAGGAACGUUCGUUGUGAGGGACAGCACGUCGUACCGGGGGUCUUUUGGACUGGCGAUGAAGGUUCCCAUCUCUCCAUCCGGCAGCCAGACAGGCGAGGAGAGCACUGACCUCAUCCGGCACUUCCUCAUCGAGUCGUCUGCCAAAGGGGUGCACUUGAAAGGAGCCAAUGAGGAGCCCUAUUUCGGGAGCCUCUCUGCCUUCGUGUACCAGCACGCCAUCACCCCGCUGGCACUGCCCUGCACGCUGAGCAUCCCCACCCGAGUGCUCUUGCUUGUUGUUUGGGCAGAUCUUGCUGAUGGAGAAGAUAGUCCUGACUGCGCUCCAGAAUCCACGCUAUCCCUGCUGAAGAAAACUGCCGUGUGCAAUGUCUUGUACCUCAACUCGGUGAGCAUGGAGACCCUCACGGGAGCUCCAGCCAUCCAGAAAGCCAUCUCCUCCACCUUCGAGCUGGAGACGCUGCCCACACCCACCCUCGUGCACUUCCGAGUGACCGAGCAGGGAGUCACGCUGACGGAUGUCCAGAGGAAGGUGUUCUUCAGGCGACACUACCCCUUGGCUGCCAUCAGGUUUUGCGGGAUGGAUCCUGGAAACAGAAAGUGGCAGAAAUACUGUAAGUCCUCAAGAAUCUUUGGGUUCGUGGCCAAAAACCAGACGGAUUCAGAGAACCUCUGUCACCUGUUUGCAGAAUACGACACGGUGCAGCCAGCAUCGCUCGUCAUCGACCUUCUCCGCCAGCUCCUGCCGAGCCCAUAGGGGACGGAAACCCUGGCACAGCUCAGGGCUGGCAGCUGCCCACAUGCUGCUGGGCUUUUACUGCUCACCCUUUCCUGCUUCUGGGUUGCAUUUUGGCAACGGCUCAUAUUUAUAUAUAUAUAUAUAUAUAUUUUGUUACAUACCGUCACAGCAAGAGCUUCAGUUCAAGGUUUUAUACUCUAGUGGGAUGAGAUGGUCCUUGGAGAUGCUCCUUGGGGCAGUGCUUGCCGCGACGGCCGGCACAGGAUGGGUGCCCACAGGGAGCUGUGCGGGCUGGGAGCGGAGCAGUGGGAUGAGAGCUGUGCUCACCGUACGCAGCCGCUGUUCCCCUCACCUGACGUUUGCUUUGGUUUGGAUGACUGAAUUACUCCAGCUGGGAUUUACCGGCGAUGCCUUCUCUUAGGGUGUCCAAGCUGAGGCGCAUUCAGUGGAGCUGAGCUCCCAUUCAGAGACUCAAAGACUCAACCCCAACCCCCCAAAAGGCUGCGGGAGGUGCAGACAGAGGGCACUGAGCUCCCUCAGCAGCCUCGGGACGCAGCUUUGCAAACCAAAGCCUAUCAAAUCACCAGGUCCUGCUGAAAAAAACUCCUGCUUCCCUCAAAGAGCGAGAAGCAUCAGAAGGCAGAAAUGUCAGCGCAGCGUCUUUUCGCCUGGUUGUUGUAAAUUCUCCUGCCUUUCCUUUUUUUUUGUGUGCAAAGCGGGGUUACGGGCUCGCUCGACCUCCGGGCAUCGCAGCAAGCUGAGAAAUAAAUGUUGACAUUUUCAUGACAGUUAAAACGUUGGGUUUUUGGAAGCCACUUGCAUGGACGGGGGCCACAUCCUCAGAUGACGUAAAUUGGCGCAGCCUCGUGGAAGUCAGUGCUGCCGUGAUUUACACCAGCUGAAAAUUCAGCUCUUGCUGUAGUGUCCAAGCGGAGCAGAGCAGCACCGAGUCCACCAGGCAGCGUCUCCCUUAGCGCUCGCUUACCUGGUGCCUCUACGCUGUUUUAGUUCUCGACCCCACGCUAACAAACCCUGCGCAGGGGCAUCUGCUGUAAAGCAGUGGAUCACUUAGCACAAGAGUAGCGGAGGUGUUAACAACUGAAAUAGGUUACUCUGCUCUAUUCUGCUGUUAAUGCAUUGUAGGUAAAGAAAAAAAAUCACUCUCCUCCAGCCCGGCUGUGGAAAGACAUCCGGCUGCAACGGCUCUUGGCGAUGAGAAAACAGUUGUUGGAGUUACUCUGUGAGCUCCAGGAUCAGAGAACCAUAGAACCAUGGAAUGGGUUGGGUUG